AUGACCAGACUUUGGGUAAGACUCAUCAUUUUCAUCAGUACCAGUACAGGUGUCAUUCCUGAGAAUGUGGUUAAUCAGCCUCAUCUCUCAGUGACAGCGGGACUUGGAGGCUCUGUCUCUCUGGAGUGUUUUAUUUUCACAGAAGAAACCCUCAUAAACUGGGUUUGGUUCAAACAGGUCCUGGGUCACCCUCCCAGAUAUUUCCUGACUUCAUUUGGGAAGUCAGAUAAAGCCACUUUCUACAGUGAAUUUGAAGACACGACCCGUUUCACAAUGAAGAAAAUGUACAGCCAAUUCACCCUGACAAUUUCCCAGGUGCAGCUCUCAGACGUGGCCACUUAUUACUGUGGAUUCCAGAGUUACACUGAUGUGCAGUUUGGGAAUGGAACCACACUCUUGCUGACAGGCAGUGAGUCCAGGAACAGUGUGUGUGAGGCAAGCUGUGUGUCCCAGCACUCAGGGGAGCAGCUGUGUCUCCACUGUGUCUCAGCUGGAGCUCCCUGCAGUACUUCUAGAAGAAUCUUAGGAUCUGCUAAUACAACUCACACUGCAGCCGUCUUUCAUGACCAGCUGUUUCAGCGUGUGACCGUGGCUCUGGGUGUGCUGAGCGCCGUGCUCCUCAGCGCACUCACGGUGCUGCUCUGCAGAAAAACAUACAGCGGACACUGCCAGGUCUGCAAAGGAGUAAAUUCCGAAAACACCCUCCAGACAAAUCAUCACAUGAACAGUGAACAGCAGGGCAAGGACACGCUCCACUAUACAGGUUUAAAGUUCUCCCAGAGCAGAAACAUCCCCAGAGAGAAGACGAGAGGGAGGCAGGAGAGGACAGCUGAGAUGCUGCAAUGUGUGUACUCUGUGGCGAGACACUGAGGCUCUCUGGCAAGAGACUGUACAUUUACCCCGGCAGAGCUCUGAUCUAAAAUGUAGUAUAUUCACCCUCAGACCCCCACACAGGCUGGGAUAUUAGCCCAGCUGUUAGCCUAAGUUAGCCUAUUAUUUUUAUUUACAUCAUGUUUCUCAUUCGCUCAUACAGAUACUAACUAGCAAAAGGAGCAUAUGACUUUGACUUGAAAUUCAGUGUAAAUAAAUUUCAGACAUUUUAUUUAGGAAUGGAGAACAUACAUUAAAUGUGACCAUGAAGCUGUUAAACCUGUAAAGGCAUCUUAGAAAAGGGACAGAAAUGUUUAUAUUGCCUCAUCCAAGUUCUCGUCUAGUUCUCAUUUAAUUUAGGAAAGCAACAAAGAUGAUCUUGGUAAUGCUGUUUAUUGA